AGCCUUUUAUGUUCGUUUGAAGAGGAAAAUUGAUAAUAGGAUAACAAACGUCCAUCUUCUUUUCUCCAACUAAAGAGAACUGUAUAAGCACUUGAGGACAAGUUUCACUCCGAUUUCAGUGCUUUUACCGUCAAUUAUUCCGGAUUCAUAUGAUGGAGAUACCGAGAGUCAUACUGCUUCUGUACCUUCUUAAUCGACUAGCAAUCACUUAUGGCGAGUCUGUAACUGGUUAGUAAGCGAUUUUUUCCUAAACCUCGUAAUUCCAUGCAUUUAAUAACUCUAUACCGCGCGCGUUAUGACGGCGGAUUCAAUAACAACAAAAAUGGAGCGGACUUAAUAAAUAUCGAAGAAGGAAAAUGAUUGUUAGGAAUCCAUUUUUUACACAACUCCGAUAAACUUAGUAUUCGAAGGGCGCACAGCCCCAACAAAUAAGAAAGAGAUGAUCAUUUUUGCAAGUCAAAACCAAACACCGUCCACAGAAACAUUCAGCCACGUGUUUAUAACACUGUCAUAAGUCUACAUAAGACCUUCGAAGACCGCUGGGAAAGUGUCCCCAAAUUCGCUGCCACGUUUAGGGAAAUUUAGAGGCUUCACCUUUGCGUCACGAUUUGUUUACAGUUUUUGUAUGUCAAAGACAUUAGUUUCAAAAAUAUUAAAAGCCAUGCAAGCACUGUGUUUUCAGUGUGUUCGCUUGGUGUAGUUGGUUUAUUUCAUAAAGGCAGUUUUCGCUUUAAAACCUACUUCUCAGUGUGAACAAUAUUCAUGUUUAGGGGGAGUUCGCGUGACCCCUACAUCAACUUUUGUAAAUAUACGGAAAUUCUGUCUUCGCAUAAAAUGGAGAAUUAUUCUCAUCAGAUAAACUAGGUUUAAUUUCACCAUCCUCUCUACUGAGUCGAUUGUUUGCCAACAACUACAAAAAUAAUUAACUAAACUUGUUGGGUAAUUAACUCAACGUCGUUCAUUUUUCCUCGAAACAACACCAGGCAGUGCAAGGCGAAACGAAAAGUCAACUAGAAGUGCAUGUUGGCAUAGUGCAACGAGGAGGAACUAUAUAGCGAAGAUAAAACGCGAGGAAACCAGGAAGAAACUCGUUCCUCUGUUUCGCGUGAUUCUUCGUUCCCAAGUUUUUUUGUGAACGCCUUGUAAUACUUUCAAUGCUAUCUACAUGAUUCAAUGUCGUCUUUGUAGUAUAUUGGGAAAAACCAAACGCCGCCUCAAGGACCGUUUUAAUGAACAUAGACGCCCUAUCCUUAACCCCUCCGGUAGUUACAUUCAAACCGCAGUUUCAGAACACUUUCCCAGCAAUAGCCACUCUGUUUCCCAUAUGUUACUUAUCUCAAUUGAAACACUUAGAUAUGGGCGCGCUUGUCUUAGAAAAGAACGUAAGAUGAACCUCAUUAAUAAAUCCAAAACCAUCGAGCCUCUGCGAAUGAACAAACGUGACGAACAAAAAUCAUUGUUUAUUCCUUAUCUUUCUUUCGAUUUUUAUUUCUUAGAAGCCACACCUUACCACGUCAUACCAUGUAACUUCCGUUUAAUAUUUUACAGUAGUAUUUUUUUACUUUAAUAAGAUGAGUACAGUUUUUUAAAAGAACACAACAUUUUUUUUAUCGAAUAAGCAUUUCCCACAUUUCAUGACCUGCUAGCUAUGUUUAAUAAGCCAAUUGCAUUAUACGGGGAAAUUACAAAAGGUGGAGUGACGACAAGCAAUGCCAAUAAAAUAGGAAGCUUCAGAAAAAAGCCAAAAUUUCCUCGUCAUACGACUGACAUGUUAUUGCAAACUUAAGCAUCGACGGAAGUACAGUCACUUGACGAUAGCUGACCCCAGUGACAACUUUAUAUCCUGUAUAACAGGCGAUCUUUAGCCAAGCGUCAAGCUAGCGGAAAAAGUUCUGGUUUACACCCAGCGGAGAGUCCCUGAUAAGAUUCUUCCACCCGUGAUCGCGACCCCAAUUUUCGCUCUAAACCCGUAAUCCCGAUGGAUCCUUUCAGCACUUAGGUAUCCCGAGAAUGCUAUCAAUCACGAAUCUUCCCCCUAUUACUUUAAAAUCCCGAAUCCCAACCUUCACAUAAGGCGAAUCCCGCAUCCCGGAAAACCUAUUGGGGUCACGCGCUAUGCUCUCGAGCUUCGCGCACGGCGAAAUAACUCCUUCAGGCUAGCAGAUUAUCAACUGUGCUGUUUCGGCGGGCUUAUCACUUAGUAAGACUAAAAUGUUUCACUGAACUACAAGUUAAUGCGGUUUACAACGCAAGAUAAAACCUUACGACAGGUGCGAACUGAUUCCGAGUUCCAAAAAAAUCUCACUUUCAAAACGAGGCUAAGUGCGAAACCUUUGUUGUGAAAAUGAGUUUUAUUUGCAUCAUAAUUUUUAAUCAUUUUCAUAACAAUGGCUUCGCACUUAGCCUCUCCUUGAAAGUGAGAUUUUUUGGAACUCGGAAAUGGCCUAUUUGAUUUUGACUAGGCUAAGAUAAACUUAUUCACUUCAAAAUUAUGAGUUUGCUUUCCUCAGGUCUGAUUUUCAUCUUCGUAAACAUGGGACCAGUUGAUAUAAAUAUUUGAAGAAGAUUUUUUUCUGGUUUCAGCUGCCGUGAACUGAGUUACACUGCAUUUUAUCCUUUGGUUAUAAGUAUUAGUUUUAAAAGAUCCUUUAUGAACUAUGGUUAACCAUGGUAUGGUAGCGAGAUGCGUCAUUUUAAUAUACAUGUAAACUUUCCUCAGAGAGUAAAUUUUUACCGCGGCAAUUAUAAAAAGUGAAGGAUAUUAUAACACCGACCGCAAUAUUCGCAUUAGCCUGACCGCAGAGUUACAUAACCACUCAAAAGGAUAAUGCCCCACCCGAAUUUCUACGAAAAUAAGGAAUUUUCAAACGUUCCCUUCACACUAGCAUGGCCUUGUUAACCACCAAAAAGUAAACAAUAAACGAAAACUGACAACAAAUCCAUAAUAUCCUCUAUCGAUGUGGACUAUAUUGCGCAAACAAAGUGAAUAUACCUAACAUGAACACGCAUCAAUGCAAACAGAAAGCUUUUAGUGACUCAAACACUAGCUUAAAUUGUCAGUAUUGCAAGAGUGACCGGUCCGUGAGGAAGGAGAAUUUUUAUGUUUUCCCGCUUCUCCUGACUCUCAAGUAAACCACACACCCUCGUUAAAACUCCAAGGUACAAAUACACGGGCCUGCGACGUUCAUAAAUAGCCUUAGGCCUCGUAGUUCCCUGCUGUCAGCGGUCUCUUAAAACUAGAGAAAAAUGAGAGUAAGGUGAGACAGAUCUCUGCCGGCUUCUGACGAGUUUCUUUUUAUCCAUGCACUGGCGUUUUCUUAACAACCAGGCCCCAGUUGUUAAAAAGGUGGAUAGCGCUAUCCACCGGAUAAAUCACUAUCCAGUGGAUAAGCAUUAGGAAAACCAACUGCGCUAUCCAGUGGACAGAUAUUUAUUAUAUAAACUGCAGUGUUUUACAAGGAUUUCUACCACCGAGAAAUGUGGUAUCUGAACACACGUAAAAAUACGAUAUUUUUACAUGUGAAGAUAUCGAUAAUUUCACUGACAUCAGGUUUGUCUCUUAAAUUGUACUUAAAAUUCGUUGGUGUAUCAUCGAAACAUCUUCGGGUCUUCCUCGAAAGUGCUCGGCAAUCUUCGGAAAUUUUCGGAAAUUCUCGGGAAAUGUUCGGCAACGUUCGUCUGGUCUUCGGGACAAUUUGAAAAAUCUUCGGAAAUCUUCGGAAGGUGGUCGGAAAUCUUCGGAAAAUCAUCAAAAACGCUGUCAUCAGUAUGUUUAUAUAAUAAAAAGAAUAUUACACGUUAGCUCGAAGAUAUGAAUUUUAUGUUCACGUGGCAAGAGCAAUAUCUCACUCGUUCGCUGCCCUCACUCGUGAGAUAUUGUUCUUGCCACUCGAACAUAAAAUUCAUAUCUUCUCGCCACCGUGUAAUAUUCUCUAUUUAUCCAGUGGAUGGCGCUAUCCACCUUUAGUACAACUAGGGCCCGGUCACGUUCCACAAAAUUUACUUAAGGCCAUCCCCCUUUUUUCUUUCGUGAGCGUCGAAUGCGUUUCCUGAUAUUGGGUCGGUCGGUCGGAUCGCAAAAAAAACCUUUAAAAAAAUCACAAGUAGUCUCAGAAUAUGAAGCUCUGGUACCCCAGGAUGGCAUUAAAAGUUAACAUUCACAUAUUUGGAUUAACAGAACCCACAAUAUACUGUAAAAAAUGUUCCUGUCUUUGUUCAUGUUUUUCUCUAUGCUGUUACUAUGCUCAUUUUUCAGAUUAAAAGAAUUUUUUCAAGUCAAAAAUGGUUUCACUACGUCGUUACUUUUUUGUUGUUUUGAAAAUGCCAAAAAUUUGGGUCGGUCGGACGACGAUAAACGGAGAAAAAAAGUGGAUGGCCUAACCGGUUUGCGCGAUAACAAACGUGGCCUCAGAAAUUUCCGGCGUACAUUCUCAACAGGGCACGCGCAUUGCACCUUAAACGAAACUGGUUUUGAAAACCAGUAAGUUUCGACCACAAAUUCUGGUCGGCGGCUCCACAAGACGAACGCGUCGGUGGCCGGCAGAGCCAGUCUCUCUCCAUCUCUUAUUUUUGUCUCGCCUUGAGAGGCCUCUGCUAGUAGGGAAGCCUCGUACUAUAUAUUUUGUUAGUAAAAUCCAACUUCUAUCAAUGCUGCGUUCUGAUUGGUCGAGCUACUACUAUAUAACCAGUAGCGAAAAGCGCCAGCUUUGAAACCCAAAACAACGGCGGCUGAAUCGCGUUUUGCUAGUUAAAGUUGUUUUGUCCUGAUAUUUUUCACCAGCUAGUUGGAUUUUACUAAAACAAUUAUUCCUCUCGCCCUCAUGGCCCCUGAGUCAAUAGGCCGAAUUCAGAGCCCAUUCGGACACGAAGAAUAAUUGCUAAUUAGACAUAGGUAAACGUCUUUACAAAGGAUACGCAGACUACUAAAUGCUAGUGUCGUCUCAAAGGGAACGAUGCAAAAGAGUAUAUGAUGACCUGACUAUAAUGGGUUACAGGAGAGGUACCCUGCGUCGCAGACAUAAUUUAACCUUGGUAAGUAACGUCUGCGACACAGCGCCGAUAUCCAUAUUCUGGGCCCUCAACGGACUCAACGAAUUACCGGAAGUGCGUUUCGAAUUUCCCUUCAACCUCAUUGGCAGAUCGACAAUGGCUUUAAUUUCAGGCCAUUAAUGGUGCGUAAUCAAAUCCUGGUACACAGAUGGCGACCCAGAGCAAGGAUUCCGGCGCUGUUUCGCAGACGGACUUAACCAGAGUUUGGUUUCGUCUGUGGCGCAGGCUGAGGAAGAGACAAUUUGAAAGGCGAUUGAAUAGAAGCAGGGAGUGGAGAUGCUCAGUAUUAAAAUCAGGAGACCAUAACCCGGAGCGAGCAACUCUCAUACUAGGCCUCCGUCACGGCGUUUUUACAGACCAGUUUAUUUUUAGACACAUUUUAGGGCACUUUUUCUCGCAAAAAUCGAAUCUCCACCAUGUCUACGAGCGCAUUCGAAGUAUGAGAUAUCAAAAAAGGUAAAAAUAUCAUUUUUAGGUAUGUAGGUUUUGCGAACUGGUUUGCGGAAUUUAAAAGGUAUUCAAAAUUCGCGCCAAAACCUUUCUAAAAAUAAACUAGUCCGUGAAAACGAGCGCAUGGAAGUUGCUCUCUCCGGGUUAAUUAUGGGCUCCUGUUAAGAUAAAGUAAAUGCAGGUUUGAAAAUAUUUACAUGUAUUCACAGAUAACAAAGAAGAGCGCUCGCUGUCCUGCUACCAUUGUUACUCUAACAAAUCGUGGGAGAACUGCAAUGAUCAGGUCAAAGGAGUGAUAUGUCCAGACGAUACUAAUGUGUGUACGGAGAAAAAGAUAACCAGGUGGAAAGAACAGAACGACAAGCGAGUACAGAUAACAGAGUUUGUCAAGCAGUGUGACCACGCGGAAGGCUGUUCAGACGAGGAAUGCAAAGAGCUUGGAUGGAGUUGCGUUGUGAAAUGUUGCAACCAGGACAUGUGUAACACCUGUGUUGUCAACACUGCAAGCCUCGUUGUCAUGGCAACUGCAAUCUUUACAGGGUUGUCUUUGGGGCCAUGACCCUUGUUCUGAUCUCGCACAAUUUCACAGUUGACAUUACAGUACAAAGCAUUGUUAGCCAAACAAGAGACUGCAAACACUUUGGGAAAUGUUAUGGGUAAAGAUUUGUAAAUACUAUGCUUAAGGAUAGUACACACCUGCACCGCAAGCAAUAUACGCAGACGCUGAGUAGUGGCUAUUAAGUACCUUCUGCAAGGAUUUCGUUCCAACAAAGGAAGGUUUGAUUUCUUUGCAGCAUAUGCGUAAUUUCCUCAGCAAUUUGUUAGCUCAGGAAAUGUGACGAUUAUACCACAUACUGCAACUGAAUCCAACCGAAAUUUAUUUCAGAUUCCCGUUUCUCAAACUCAUCAAUAAUUCAUAAAAAAAAAUGCAAGGAAAUUUAAAAUAUUUAACGAGUGUUUGGAAAUUAGUUGAAAAAGUGCUCAUAUUUGCAUCCUUAAUUUCUCCUUUUAAGAUCCUUUUGUUUGAGAAGUUAUAUCAAGCAUUCGACACAGUGUUUCAUCAAAAGAUGAGUGAAUGGACUCCACAGUCAGUUCAAAGGGUUACAAAUGUUGAAUGCUGUUAGAUGUUUUAAAAAAACUGUUCACGUUUUAAAGCUUUGCAGUUCAUUCAUUACUCAGACGCACCGACGGUUAUGUAUAUUCCUCGUUGAACAAAAAUGAAAAUAAUGAUAAUAAAUAAUUAGC